UAAGCAAAGGCAAAGCUAUAUGUCUGAAACAGGACGUGUCGGGCGGUCCGUACAACCAUUCCACGCCCUGACAUAAUCCAGACCCAUGCCAUGAAGAAACCUCCCGGAAAUAUUCUCUCACGUUUCCUUCUCCUUCUUUAAGUAAAUGAUCGUUCUUUCCCGAUCGUAUGACGAACUGAAGAUAGGGAGAAAAAACAGGGCUUCAAAGAUCAAGAUUUGCCCAGGCUUUUUUUUUUUUGGAUUCUUGCUCGUAGAUCUUCAAAGCAUGCAGAUUCAUCCUCCUUCGAGUUGUUCUACCAAUUUGAAUCCCCCGAUUCUGGGAUUGACUUCUGUUCAUCACCAUAGACAGAAACUGAAGCUUCUUCCCAGUUUAUGCCCUACCCUCUCUGUUUCCAAUUCCCAUCAGCUUCAGCUUCCUCUCAACCAGAGCGUGGCGGCGAUAGUGUUCGGAGGAGGAUCAGACCCUGAGCUUUAUCCUCUGACAAAGACGAGAGCCAAAGGGGCCAUUCCCAUAGCAGCGAACUACAGACUCGUCGACUCGGUUAUCAGCAACUGCAUCAACAGCGACAUCGGCAAGAUCUACGCCAUCACCCAGUUCAACUCGACUUCUCUCAAUUCACACCUCUCCAAGGCUUAUUCCGGAUCUUGCCUGGGAAAAGACGGUUUUGUCGAAGUCAUUGCCGCUUAUCAGAGCCCCGAAAACCAUGGGUGGUUCCAGGGAACUGCUGAUGCAAUAAGAAGGUGCUUGUGGGUGUUGGAAGAGUUUCCCGUUACAGAGUUUCUGGUUCUACCUGGGCAUCAUCUCUACGUGAUGGAUUACAAGACAGUCAUUGAAGCUCACAUAAGAAGUGGAGCCGACAUAACUGUCGUUGGAUUAACCUCUGUCACGGAACAAGACCCGGGUUUCGGUUUUAUGGAAGUUGACGAAGCAAACUAUGUCGCCAGAUUCACCAUCAAACCAGACAAGGACCAGCAAGAUUCCAUACCUACGGUACAGGAGGAAGAAAGAACGAGAAGAAACAUUCCGAGUUCGGGGAUUUACGUCGUGGGCAGAGAACAAAUGGGGAAACUUUUGAGAGAAUACUUCGUCGAGGCGGAUGACUUUGCGAGCGAAAUCAUUCCAGGUGCUAUAUCGAAAGGCAUGAAGGUGAAAGCUCACAUGUUCGACAGAUACUGGGAAGAUGUGAAAAGCAUCGGAGCAUUCUACAAAGCCAACAUGGAUAGCAUUAAGACAUCGAGUUCUGGAUUCAAGUUCUAUGACAGAAACUCUCCUAUCUACUCGAUGCCUCGGUGUGUGCCUCCGAGUUCCAUAACCGAGGCCGUCAUAACGGACAGCAUCGUCGGAGACGGUUGCAUUCUCAAUAGAUGCGUCAUCAGAGGAUCAGUGGUGGGAAUGAGGACGAGAAUCGCAGACGAAGUCAUCGUUGAGGACUCUGUCAUCAUGGGUGCAGACAUCUACGACGCCGAAGAAUGUAUCAAUGGCAAAGACAGGGAAGAACACGUCGAUAUCCGAAUAGGGAUCGGUGAAAAAACCCGAAUAAGAAAGGCUGUCGUAGAUAAAAAUGCAAGGAUCGGUAAAAACGUUAUGAUUAUGAAUAGAGACGGAGUGGAGGAAGGAGAUCGAGAGGCUCAUGGUUACGUCAUCAGAGAAGGAAUCGUAGUAGUGAUGAGGAACGCAGUGAUAGCAAACAAUUCCAUCUUAUGAAUUUCAUUCUAUUUUUUUACAUUCAUUAUUCUUAUAUGUAAAACAAAAAUUAUAAAAUAAAAUGGUAUA